AUGAAAAUUAUUCCACCGAGGAGGAGGAGCCCAUCUGAGGAAGAUCAGCUGUUUGAGGAACUGAUGGAAGAAGGACGACUGGAUGAGGAGAGGCUUCGUUUGGUACAUGAGAGCUUGCGGGCGGCUGAGGAGGAGCUGCGGAUACUGAGAGAGGAGACGGAGUAUGAGGAGAUGCCUACGUUUGAUGUACAGGAUCCUGUGAGGCCUGUUUUGCCUCAGUCCUGUGCAACUCCCUCCCCACCUGCUGAUCCUGAUGUUCCUGGUGUAGUGGCAGAUGUCCCUGAUGUGGUGGCAGAUGUUCCUGGUGUGGUGCCGCAUGUUCCUGGUGUAGUGGCAGAUGUACCUGGUGUGCUGCCGGAUGUCCCUGAUGCUCCUGGUGUGGUGGAAGAUGUUCCUGGUGUAGUAGCAGAUGUUCCUGGUGUGGUGGCAGAUGCUUCUGGUGUGGUGGCAGAUGUUCCUGGUGUAGUGGCAGAUGUUCCUGAUGUGGUGGCAGAUGUUCCUGGUCUAGUGGAAGAUGUUCCUGGUGUAGUGCCAGAUGUUCCUGGUCUAGUGGCAGAUGUUCCUGGUGUGGUGCCAGAUGUUCCUGGUCUAGUGGCAGAUGUUCCUGGUGUAGUGGCAGAUGUUCCUGGUGUGGUGGCAGAUGUUCCUGAUGUGGUGGCAGAUGUUCCUGAUGUGGUGGCAGAUGUUCCUGGUGUGGUGGCAGAUGUUCCUGGUGUGGUGGCAGAUGUUCCUGGUGUGGUGCCAGAUGUUCCUGGUCUAGUGGCAGAUGUUCCUGGUGUAGUGACAGAUGUUCCUGUCGUGGUGCCAGAUGCCCCUGAUGCUCCUGGUGUGGUAGCAGAUAUUCCUUGUGUGAUGGCAGCUGCUCUUGAUGUAGUAUAA